GGACUAAUAACGCCCCUAAAGCCCACAAAUCCAAUAAUAGUAGCCUAUGUCCACAGUUCCUAAAAUCAAAUUCCAUAAGGAUCCACUGCCCAGUCCGAACAACGGUCAUCUUCUUCCUCGCCCUCGAAAAUUUUCAAAAUCGUUCUCUGAAAUUCUUAUCGAUCAACUGAAAUUGUUAUUGAUCUGCAACCAAGAUGGCUUUCAGUGUGAAGAACUUGGAUGUUUAUUCUCCCAUUUCAGUAUCGGAGAUAAGACUGCUAAUUGAUGAAGAAAAGAAUGGGGAUGUUUACGAAGACUAUAUUUCGUGGGGAAAGGAAAUCAGACACAGGGCGAUAUCAAGAAUCCAUUCAUCUGUAAGUAUUUCUUUUUUUCCAUUAAUGUUUAGAAGAGCCCAUUUGAUUUCCUUUUGUGGGUCUCGACAAAGACUCCAUCUUUCUUCCUGCUUCGAUUUAAUGUUUUUUUAUUAUUAACUUUUUUAAGUUGAUGCUUUCAAUCUUGUCAUUAAUCUGCUUCCCACUGUCGAUGAAGAAAUUGUUUCAAUUUUAUCAUUAGUUCUUUGCAGUUCUUCUUUAAUUUGCUUAAUUUUUUUAGAAAAAAGAUUGAAUCUUUGUUCUUCAAGAAAACGUUAUCCCCCUUAUUUCCUUGCUGAUUACCUUUUGUUCUUCAGAGAUAUAUGCUGGAUGGAACACCAACGGAAUCUGGGGGAACUCUUCAAUGCCCAAAACUUGUAGUACUGUUGAGGUGGUGAUCCGUCAGAGACUUAACAGCUGUAGUAUUGGGAAGGAGGAGAAGCGGUGUAAAAAAAUGAAAAAUGGCGGAGGUCCCACCAGAACUGAUGAGGGCUAUCUUUUUGACUGGGUACUAUCUGAAAUUCUCUCACGGCUUCCUAUUAAGUUGAUAUUCAGGUGCAAAUGCGUAUCAAAACAUUGGUUGGCUUUCAUAUCUGAUCCUUGUUUCUACCGCUUUUACAUUUCUCGAGCUGCCGUUCCUUGUCACCCAUGGGCAUUUGUUCCCAAGUAUAUUUGUGACGGUUCUAAGUCAGUGUAUCCUCAUUAUAGAAGACUGGAGGAUGUCCACUGUGGUAAUAAUUUGUCAUUACCAGGUUGCUAUGUUCUUCCUCUACCGAAUUCCCAGGAAGCAAAUGCAAAGAGGGAUGUCUAUUAUGUAAUCAGAGCAGUUAGUAAUGGGUUUAUUUUGUAUGGUUGGGCCUAUCCUGGGAGUAUCAUGUCAGAAAAGGAAUACUUUAUUUGUAACCCUGUAACCAAGCAGUGGUUUGCCCUUCCUCCUUCACCUAAGUAUUUGUCAAAAAGAGUAAGUGUGGGGCUUAUCACACGAGUUGAAGCAGAAACCAUUUUAACAAGUUUUAAGGUUGUAUUACUUCAUUGUCCUGCAAAGAGUCAAUCUUUUCUUGAGUUGGAGGUUUUCUCUUCUGAAACUGCUGAAUGGAAAGCAUAUAGCAUGAAGCUUGAUCAUCCAUUUCUUAUUAACGGCCUAAGGAGAGUUGUCUACUUGAACAACAAUUUGCACUGGAUUGCCCACGAACUUGGAAUUAUAGCCUAUGAUCCUUACAACAACCCUGAGAAGUUUCGGAUGAUUGCUUUUCCAGAUGGAUAUAUCAGUUAUUGUAAGGGAAGAAAAAGGAUGUGCGAUGCCCAACAAGGAGGCCUCGUGCUUUGUGAUGUUGCAGGUGAAUAUAAUCUAGAGGGCUUCUCAGAUUUCAAGAUAUGGAUACUUGAGGACUACACUAUAGGCCGAUGGUCUCUGAAGCACAGCAUCAAGAAGGAAGAUAUAAUAGUAGAUGAUAAAUUAUUGGUUAAAAGAUUAUGGUUUGUACCUGCAGCUUUCCAUCCAUACGAUGCAGAUAUUAUUUAUUUGGCACUCGACGACUAUGAUCUAGUGUCAUAUAACACAAGAACUAGGAGGCUGGAAGCGUUUAGUGUUGUGAAGAAACAUGAAGAUAGGACUGAAAGAAAUAGACUCUUCGGAUGGCCACCUUGCUUUCUUGUUGAGCUUCCGCUAUGGCCUGUUUCUGUUCCGCUUUCCUUAUUAUCAUUUGUACAUAGGUAGGAGGUUUAUUCUUACUUAUCAGAGUAGAUUUUAGAAGAUCUGUUUAGUAAGUUGUUGUAAUUGGGUGCUUAAAUUAAGCUACAUUCUUUGUGUUUAUUUGUCAAAGACUGUAAUUAUUCUUAUUCAGGAACAACAUUUUGC